AUGGGAACCAAACCUAAAAUGGCUCCUUUUGUUGCCACUCUCUUCUUAGUGGCAAUUCUUGCACUUUGCUUCCCAUCGAUAGCCAAUGCAAACUACCAGUACUCGUCUCCACCACCGCCGGAGAAAUACACUCCGCCCUAUGUGUACAAGUCAUCACCUCCGCCGCCACCUAAGAAAUCUCCGCCACCUCCACUAGUCCACAAGCACCCUCCGUACGUGUACAAAUCACCACCACCACCACCACCGCUGUCGCCGCAUAAGAAGUCUCCGCCACCACCGCCUGUUCACAAGCCUCCACCGUACGUUUACAAGUUUCCACCACCACCACCUCCUAAGAAGUCUCCACCACCACCGCCAGUCCACAAACACCCACCGUACGUUUACAAGUCACCGCCUCCACCGCCACCUAAGAAAUCUCCAUCACCACCGCCAGUCCACAAACAUCCACCGUACGUUUACAAGUCACCACCUCCACCACCGCCAAAGAAAUCUCCACCACCACCGCCCGUCUACAAGCCUCCACCAUACGUUUACAAGUCUCCCCCACCUCCACCGCCAAAGAAAUCUUCACCACCGCCGCCAGUCCACAAACAUCCACCGUAUGUUUACAAGUCACCGCCUCCACCGCCACCUAAGAAAUCCCCACCACCACCGCCAGUCCACAAACAUCCACCUCUCCACCUCCACCGCCACCUAAGAAAUCUCCGCCCCCACCGCCUGUCCACAAGCCUCCAGUACGUUUACAAGUCUCCACCUCCACCGCCACCUAAGAAAUCUCCGCCCCCACCGCCUGUCCACAAGCCUCCACCGUACGUUUACAAGUCUCCACCUCCACCGCCACCUAAAAAAUCUCCACCACCACCGCUAGUUCACAAACAUCCACCGUACGUUUACAAGUCUCCACCUCCACCGCCACCUAAGAAAUCUCCGCCCCCACCGCCUGUCCACAAGCCUCCACCGUACGUUUACAAGUCUCCACCUCCACCGCCACCUAAGAAAUCUCCGCCGCCACCGCCUGUCCACAAGCCUCCACCGUACGUGUACAAGUCACCACCUCCACCGCCACCUAAGAAAUCUCCGCCGCCACCGCCUGUUCACAAGCCUCCACCAUACGUGUACAAGUCACCACCACCACCGCCAGUCCACAAACAUCCACCGUACGUUUACAAGUCACCACCACCACCGCCACCUAAAAAAUCUCCACCACCACCGCUAGUUCACAAACAUCCACCGUACGUCUACAAGUCACCGCCUCCACCACCGCCAAAGAAGUCUCCACCACCACCUCUGCCUCCCGUCAAGAAGUCCCCUCCACACCACCCUUACUACUACAACUCUCCUCCUCCUCCACCUCACCACUACUAG